GGCCUCUGGAUUACAAAAUCUCUCUCAAAAUCUCCAACUUUUAUUUAUUUAUUUAUAUUUUUUAAUUUAAAAAAAAAAAAAAAAAGGGAAAGAAAUCCAAAACAAAGCAAAGAAGGACUGAAGCAAAGCGUGCAACGGUCGAAGCAUAUAAUCAUUUUGUUCUUCUUUCACGAGAAAAAAGGCGCAAUCUCAUCGAACAAAUACUUUUUCUCUCUAUCUAUCUAUAUCUCUACCUCUCUGUAUCUGGGUUCUUCUUUUUUAUUUUUUUAUUUUUUAUCAAUUUAUUUAAUUAAUUUAUCUUUUUUUGUUUGAAUGUGUGGGUUAUAAUGAGAGGUAAAGCUUAAGGAAAGUGAAAAAAAUAAAAAAAAUAAAAAAAGGGGAAGAGAGAAAAGAAAAAUUUCAGAGCUGCCAAAUGCCUUUUCAUUUGAUUACUUUCUGAGCUUCCAAACAAUGGCGGACGAUCCUUGUUCCUUCACCAAGGAACUUUUUCUUUUAAAGGCUCCCAAGAAAUCUCCUCUGGUGUUGAGGAUGAUCGUCUUGGUGUUUGUAAUGGUCUGUGGAGUAUAUAUAUGCACGAUUUGUCUGAAGCAAAUUAGUACGCGAACCAAUACUGGACUGUUUACUGUCCAGACGAUUGAAAAGCCAUGUCCUGAACCAAAUGUUGAACAGUCAGAAGCUCCUUAUUUGCAUUACCCUAAUCCCACAUCUUAUAGCAGGGCUGAAUGUGCAUGCAAUCCUGUUCGAUAUUUCGCCAUUUUGUCGAUGCAGAGGUCUGGAAGUGGGUGGUUCGAGACAUUAUUAAAUAAUCAUACUAACAUUAGUUCGAAUGGGGAGAUUUUCUCUGUCAAAGUAAGGAGAAGUAAUAUGUCAACUAUUGGGGAGACUUUGGAUAGAAUUUACAAUCUAGACUGGCUUAGUAGUGCCUCAAAGAAUGAGUGCACAGCUGCAGUUGGCUUAAAGUGGAUGCUUAAUCAGGGUGUGAUGCAGCAUCAUGAAGAAAUUGUAGAAUAUUUCAAGCAACGGGGUGUCUCUGCUAUCUUUCUCUUUCGGAGAAAUCUUUUGCGCAGGAUGAUUUCAGUACUUGCAAAUUCUUAUGAUAGAGAUGCCAAGCCAUUGAAUGGGACUCACAAGUCUCAUGUACAUUCUCCAAAAGAGGCGGAGAUACUUGCAAAAUACAAGCCUAUCAUCAAUGCAACAUUGCUGAUAGCCAACCUGAGGCAAGUAGAAGAAACUACUACAAAAGCUUUGGAGUACUUUAAGAGCACCCGGCAUAUUCUCAUUUACUACGAGGAUGUACUUAAAAACCGCACCAAACUGAUAGAUGUUCAAGAUUUUCUAAAGGUUCCACGGAAAGAUUUAAAGAGUCGCCAGGUGAAGAUACAUAAAGGUCCCCUGUCUAACCAGAUUGAGAAUUGGGGUGAUAUCCAAAAGACGCUCAAGGGAACACCAUAUGAAAGCUUCCUUCAUGCAGAUUAUCGAAGAAGAUAAAGCACUGGGGUGAUGUAUAUUCUGUUCUUUUAACAAAGUUUUCUUUUUUGUUCUUAGCUGCAAGAGCCAACAGGGACAGGUUGCUUCCCUGUUCAAAUUUUGGCCACGGCACUUCAAUUUUUGACCUUUCCUUACUUGGUUUCUGCUAAUUUUUUCCCUCACCACUCAGUAUUCAAUUGAUUCUUUAUUGUUUUUUUCUUUUCCUGAUUCUUUCUUCUAUCUUUCUAGACGAACAUAACAUGUUGUAAUUGAGGUAAUGAAAAGUGAAAUCUGCAGUUUCACCUUGCA